AUGCCUCCAGCAAGCACUCCGCAACAGAGAGCGGCCGUAUCCGAGUUCACCAGCGUCACUCAGGCCGACAAGACCACUGCCUCCAAGUUGCUGAAGCAGCACAACUGGAACGUCGGCGCGGCCGUCAACGCAUUCUUCAACAACCCCUCCAGCGGCGCCAACCCACUCGCCGCGCCGCUUAAGAAGCUCUUCGACAAAUACCGUGAAGACCCCAAGAACGCACCCGACGAGAUCAACAUCGAAGGCACCGGAAACCUGCUCGGUGAACUGCAGAUCGAACUCUCAGAUGUCGGCGCCCUCGUCUUCUCCGAGCUCGUCCAAUCGCCCUCAUUAGGUGUCAUCACGCGAGAUGGUUUCGUCGAUGGAUGGAGCGACGUCGGCGUGGACACUCUCCCCAAGAUGCGCAACAUCAUCCUCCAACGGCGAUCACAGCUCCCCACCGACCGCAACCUCUUCCGCAACGUCUACAACCACACCUUCCAGCUCGCGCUGCAAGAUAGGCAAAAAGCACUGCCUAUGGAGAUGGCAACGGAGUUCUGGCGCCUGCUCUUCCAGGCACCAGCGUGGGAGUGGAAAACGAAAAACAGCCCGUGGUUAGACUGGUGGAUUGAGUUCUGCGAGGAGAAGAUCAAGAAGGCGGUGAACAAGGACUUGUGGAAGCAAACGCUGACGUUUGCGGAGGAGACGGUCAAGGAGGAGACGCUGGGCUUCUGGAGUGAGGAGAGCAGUUGGCCGAGUGUGAUCGACGAGUUUGUGGAGUGGGUGAAGGAGGAGAAGGGUGUGGGCAAGGGGGAUGCGAUGGAGAUCUCGUAG